CAGUCGCUAUCUGUCUUUGUAUUGUGCUCGACCCGUGCUCACAGCUACGCGACAUAAACGUCAUACGCUUUGUAAUCUCAUAACAAUAAAACUGUAGUCGCAGAUGGUACUGCAGGCAAUAUUGUGAACUCGGAAGUGACUUCUUAGUGCAGUGAUCGUAAAAUUAUAGUGCAAAACAGCUGGACGCUCAUUAUGUGAAUACUUUCUCUUCUCGUUCUUGACCGACUGCGUUGCGAAAUCUAAAAUGAAUUUCAUAGGCAUAGGCCCGAACAGGUACACUCUAGCAGUGAACGAAAAUGGCACAGAAGACAACUGUAUGCUAGUGAACCAGACGCACAAUCCGUUCAUAACGAACGCGUACAACGGUAUACCACAGACUUUGAUAUUGAACUUGAUAGCAUGGACUCUGUUAAUAAUGUUGUUCUCCGUCUUGCGGCGGACGGCGUGGAACUACGGGCGGAUGGCGCUCGUACAGCGCUCGAAGAGUCGAUGGACGAACCUGUUCUACCGCGGCGGCGACGGCGACGCGCUUGUUGAGAGGCGGCAGAGCGCCGAUGAAUCGCUGAGCAUCGACCAAGGCUUCUUCACAUGGCUGCCGGCCGUGUUCCGCGUCACGCGCGAGCAGGUCCUUGCCAAGUGCGGCCCCGACGCCGUGCACUACCUCUCCUUCCAGCGCCACGCCAUAACGCUCAUGUUCAUCGUCACCCUCAUCUCCGUCGGCAUCAUCCUGCCCAUCAACUUCCAGGGCACCAACCUUAAUGUCGACGUUAGUACCUUCAGUCGAACCACACUAUCCAAUCUGAAUGGUAAGUCGGCCUGGCUAUGGAUGCACACACUUAUAUCCAUCCUAUUUCUGCCCUUAUCCAUACUUAUUAUGAGGAGGUGUACCGGUCGCAAGCCUGCCCCUCCUAACAUGACAGGAACCAUAAUGAUCUCAAAUAUAUCCAGGAGUGACAGAAAUGAGUCAACCAUCCGAACUUACUUUGCUCACAACUUCCCACACAUUCAGAUUGUUGACUUACGAUUGGCUUACAAUGUUAACCAGCUAAAUGAUGUACAAGAAAGAAGAGAAAUGGUUACUGAGGCACUCAUCUACACGGACACCUAUUUCAAAAAGACUGGUAAACGAAUUACCGUGAAGCCUCAGUGGUGUGGGCCAGAGCUGGAUGCCUUAGAGUAUUAUACCAAUGAAGAAAAGAGACUGAAAGAUGAAGCAAAGAGAUGCCGAGCUAUAGUGCUGAAUGAUCCACUAGGAAUCGCUUUUUUAACCUUGCCUUCAUACCAGUUAGCGGAACAUGUUAUCAAUCAUUUUAGCCUUCACCGAGGCUGGGUAUUGACUCACGCUACCAAUCCUACUGACAUCAUAUGGGAAAAUUUGAGUGUUCAACCUAGUAUCUGGUAUGUCAAAGCUUUUGUAGUCAAUUUCUUCCUGUUCAUUGUCCUAUUCUUCUUAACCACACCAGCCAUUAUUGUGAAUCUUUUCAACAAUUUUAAGAUUGAGUCUACAAGUAAAAUUGGAGGUGUUAUUUUUGAAUUCCUGCCUACACUCUUGCUCUGGACAAUGGCGGCGGUCAUGCCCGCUAUAGUGUCGUUCUCUGAUAGAUUCUUGUCUCACUGGACAAAGUCCCAGCAGAACUAUUCCAUUAUGACCAAGACAGUUACAUUCCUGCUUCUGAUGACUCUAAUUCUACCGUCGCUGGGAUUCGCUAGUGCAGAAGCGCUAAUGAUGUGGACAUUGGUUUACCACAAGAACGACACCAUGCGCUGGGACUGCGUGUUCCUUCCCGACAAGGGCGCGUUUUUCGUCAAUUACGUCAUCACUUCGGGAUUUAUCGGUACCGCGCUUGAACUGAUCCGAUUCCCUGAACUUUUCCUAUAUGUCUGGUAUCUGAUGCAAUCGAAAUCGAAAGCUGAAAAGAGCUACGUUAAGAAAGCUAUUCUGUACGAGUUCCCAUUCGGCGUGCACUAUGCUUGGAGUCUCGCGAUCUUCUCUAUUACGAUGGUCUACAGUUUGGCGUGUCCUCUGAUCGCUCCUUUCGGGCUGGUGUACUUCAUGUUCAAGCAUAUCGGGGACAAGCAUAACCUGUACUUCGCGUACGGGCCGAGCGACAUGAGCGGGGUCGGCGGCGGGAGGAUCCACUCGACGGCGGUGCGGCUGGUGCGGGUGUCGGUGGUUCUGUUGCUGGUGAAUAUGGCGGCGUGGGCGGCGCUGCGAACGGGGCUAACGGACGCGCGCACUAUUAUUCUAAUUAUGGCGGCUAUAGUAGCAUUCGGGACGUUCUUACUGCUGAGUCCGUUCCCGAGCUGCACGCCGCCCGCGCCGCUGCAGGAGGAGUCCAGCGUGCGCUUCCAGGAGUACGUGGCGCCCGUGCUCGCCAAGCCCGUGGACAACACGCCCGUCUCCACGCCCACCACGCCCGACUACGGCGCCUCCUCGCCCUCUACACAUUCCACCUACAGUCCAGGACCUAUCAACAUCUAAAUAUACUUGCGAAUUUCUCAUUUUGUUGGCUUUACCAAUAAUUAUUUCGUGAUACAGCGUAUCUGUCGAUAAACCCAAAAAUGAUUGAUAACACUCCGAUAUCAUUAAUGGACGUGAAUGUUUUAGUACCUUUUUGUAAAUAUUGCAAAUAUUUUUAUAUGUAACUAGUACUAAUAUAGCUUAGGAUUUGCGGGUGAUUCAUUAGUACAUUUGGCUAUGUUUAGUGACUAUAAACGUUAAGUGAU